ACAAUAAAUAGAUGCUCUGAAAACCUCUUGCAGAACAAAGAGGAUCAGAGGAGUAGACUGGAAGAAUGGCACACAGUGGGACAUUUCCUACAGAAGUUUCCUGGGAAAAGUUCAAAGAAUACCACAUAGAUGAGGAGCUGGGCUUCGUGUUGCCAGACCCGCUGGAGGAGCUACCUUACCCUUAUGAUCAAUGGAUUUCCAUUGCUAAAAACCUACCUGAACUGAUUGAGAAAAAUGAACUACGUAAAGAAGUUGAGAAGUUACAAAUGUUCAGUAUCGAUGGCCUCAAAGACCACAAGUCACAGCGCCUCGCACAUCUGGUCCUGGGGUAUAUCACCAUGGCAUAUGUGUGGAAUCAAGGUGGUGAAGAUGUUUGUGAGGUCCUGCCAAAGAAUAUUGCUGUUCCUUACUGUGAACUCUCUCAGAAGCUGGAUCUGCCUCCCAUUCUGGUUUAUGCAGACUGUGUCUUGGCAAACUGGAAGAAAAAGGAUCCCAGGGGGCCCAUGACUUAUGAGAACAUGGACAUUCUGUUUUCAUUUCCUGGGGGAGACUGUGGCAAGGGGUUCUUCCUCGUUUCUCUGUUGGUGGAAAUAGCAGCGGCUUCCGCAAUCAAAGUGAUUCCUGGUUUACUAAAUGCAGUAAAAUGUGAGGACCGGAAUACUUUGCAAAUGGCACUGCGUCAGAUAGCUUCCUGUCUGAAACAAGCCCUCAAAGAGUUUGGCCAAAUGCAUGACUAUGUGGACCCAGACGACUUUUUCAAUGUUCUUCGCAUAUACUUGUCUGGCUGGAAAGGCAACCUUCAGCUGCCAAGUGGUCUGAAGUACGAAGGUGUCUGGGAAACCCCAAAGCAGUUUGCAGGGGGUAGUGCCGCCCAAAGCAGCAUUUUCCAGUGUUUUGAUGUUCUGCUGGGCAUCGAGCAGAGUUCUGGUGAAGAAUCUUCUUUCAAAUUCCUUCAUGAAAUGAGAGAAUAUAUGCCAUUAGCUCACCGGAAAUUUCUUCAGACAUUGGAGUCAGCCCCCUCAGUCCGUCAGUUUGUUCUUUCAAAAGGUGAUGCUGAAUUGCAGGCGGAUUAUAAUGACUGUGUGAAGGCUAUGGUUGCCCUGAGAAGCUACCAUCUGAGGAUAGUAGCCAAGUACAUCGUGACUCCUUCAAAGAACCGGAGCAGGGGAAACCCGACAUCUGAGGACUCAUCAGAACCUGAAAAUACAGGAACUGGAGGCAUGAAGGUCAUGACUUUCCUGAAGAGUGUUAAAGGAACAACUGAGAAAUUCCUGCUGAAGUGUGACUAAUAUAACUUGACAUUCCAUCAAGACAAGAUGUCUGUAUGUAUCGGUGUCAUUACCCAUUAUAUCAGACCCACGAAUUAAAAAUACACAACUUUUUAA